UGGCGGGGCAAGCAGCGUGAUAGGCUGGAGUAGUCGAAGACAGUCCAAAUUUUACAACUGUCAAACUUACGAGUGGAAAUGGAAAACAUGUCGCGUUAAGCGUGUGUUUGUAAUAACAAUUACAACAAAAUUUACCUAUUCCCCCGAGAGAAUAUUCGUCCUCUGAUUAGGGAGAAGAAAAAUCUCACCGGGAGCAUGGCUUCGCACAGUAACCAGUAUAUCUUCGGGGAGUUCAGCCCUGAUGAGUUCACUCAGUUCUUUGUGACUCCUCGCUGUUAUGUUGAGCUUCCACCAUUCAACGACAAAGUCACCUGCAUCAAUCAUUCUUCAGGAAGUUACUGCACUCCUGUUGUGCCUUACAUUACGGAGUCAAUGAGACGGCAGGUUUGCGGAGAAGACUAUCAGCACAUUGAGUUUGGUGUGGAUGAGGUGAUGGGGUCGGAUGUUGGAGUGAAAGACCCAAUGUACAAAGUGUCCAGCACUCUGAACCCCCAGGCGCCAGAGUUCAUCCUGGGUUGCCAGUCUUCUCAGAAGGCCUUGCAGGCAGCCCCAGUCUCUGACGUCCCUGAUGGCUCUGACUUCAACUCUGUGGACUGUGCUGAUUCUGAACCCUCUAUCCUGGGGAGCCAUCAGGUCUGUUCAGACCUGGAUGGUGUAUCAGGUAGCAUGGGGCAGCGGGAACGAAAGAAAAAGAAAAAACGACCACCGGGAUACUACAACUAUCUGGAGGGCACUAGCAGCAGUGGUGGCAUGAACACAGAUGGAGUCCCAGGACCUGGGCUAGUGAAUGGACACACUCCAAGUGCUUCAACCCUGGGUUCCGAUGAAAUGGUUGGGGAAGCCCUUACAGGGGCUGAAAUCAUCACAACAGCCUCCAUCACAUCCACCACAUCAACAACCUCAGCUGCCCCUCCAACCAAUCAGAGGACUUGUGAUAGCCCUGAUGAGUCCUCUUUGGACUUGACGAGCGGAGCUGCUUUGUUGUCGGAUGGUAAUAACACUGCUCUCUCGUCAUCCUCCUCUUCGUCUUCUCAGAGCAGUGGAGUGGUAGAGGGGGGCAGGACUGCAGAGCAGCAGAUGGAGCCUCCGGUUACGGAGAGCCCUGAACUGUUUGGCAGCGGAGGGCACAGCCCCGUCCCCACUUCCCCCCCUCCCACUUCAGCUGCUGUGACCAGCCCCCCUUCCACCACUGCUACUGCUACUACUGAUGAAGGGGAGACUGGGGUCACUGGCAAAGCCAACGGGCUGCCGGAGCCAAGCUCUACUGUCCUCAGUGCAGAGAGACAAGGGGACUUAUCUGAGACACGCACGGCACAACCACCCCCCUCAGCAGCCCUUACCUCCACAGACUCUGAAUCCCGCUCUGUUGCAGAGCAGGCCCAGACGCCAGCUCCCCCUACAGCACCUGUGGCCAACCCUCCCAAAUCUUGGGCCAGUCUCUUCCACAACUCCAAGCCUCUGCCCGGAGGACCUCAGGCCUAUGUGGAAGUGAAGAAUGUGCCAGUGGUGGUUGCAGUUUCUCCAGCAGUCGCGGACCUGCCUGAGAAAGCAAGCGAAAUUAGGGAGGGCCCUGUCCCCAUGUCUGAAGAUCCCAUGGCCCAUAAACUUGCAGAAAUAGUCGAGAAUGUGAAGCUGAUACAUAAACCAGUAUCUUUGCAACCGAGAGGACUCAUCAACAAGGGAAACUGGUGCUAUAUCAAUGCUACCCUGCAGGCCCUGAUUGCUUGCCCCCCCAUGUAUCACCUCAUGAAGUCCAUUCCCGUGUUCAGUGAAGCCCAGAGACCCUGCACCUCCACACCCAUGUUGGAUAAUUUUGUGAGGCUUGUGAAUGAGUUUAACAAUAUGCCUGUACCAUCCAAGCCCAAACAGCAAGCUGCUGGAGAGAAAAAAGACAUAAGACCAGGCGUUCCUUUUGAACCUACGUAUAUCUACAGACUUCUUACUCUCAUCAAAUCUAGCCUUUCUGAAAAGGGUCGACAGGAGGAUGCGGAGGAGUACCUCGGCUUUACCUUGAAUGGGCUGCAUGAGGAGAUGCUGGCACUGAAAAAACUGAUCUCUCCGCAGGAAGAGAAAACACCCACACCCAAUGGGCCUGAUUCCCACCAGGGAGUGGACCAGGACUCUGCAGAGAAAGAAGAGGAAGGCAGUGAGGAUGAAUGGGAGCAGGUCGGCCCAAGAAACAAGACCUCCAUCACCCGCCAGGCAGACUUCAUUCGUACUCACAUCACCGACAUAUUUGGAGGGCACAUCAGAUCUGUGGUGUACCAGCAAAGUUCAAAGGAGUCGGCCACGUUGCAGCCGUUCUUCACCUUGCAGCUGGACAUUCAGUCUGAGAAGAUCCGUACCGUCCAGGAGGCUCUGGAGACACUGGUGGCACGAGAAUCUGUUCAAGGCUAUACCACUAAAACCAAGCAGGAGAUUGAGAUCAGCAGGAGAGUCACUCUAGAGGAGCUUCCUCCUGUGCUUGUGCUUCACCUCAAGAGAUUUGUAUUUGAAAAGACCGGCGGCUGUCAGAAGCUGGUCAAGAAUAUUGAUUACCCUGUUGACUUGGAAAUCAGUAAAGAUCUCCUCUCACCAGGAGUUAGGAGCAAAAUCUCCAAAGUCCAAAGAACCUACAGGCUCUUCGCAGUUGUUUAUCACCAUGGGAACAGCGCCACAGGUGGCCAUUACACUACGGAUGUCUUCCACAUUGGUCUAAACGGCUGGCUGCGCAUUGAUGACCAGGCCGUCAAAGUCAUCAAUCAGUACCAGGUGGUGAAGCAGACUGCAGAGCGCACUGCCUACCUGCUGUACUACCGUCGCGUCGACCUGCUGUAGAAGCCACAAGCACUCUUAUACAAACAC